UUGCUCCAUGGCAACAGACAACUGUAAAGAUCAUGGACGUGUGAAGAUUGUUGUUUUGGUCGUAGAAUCGCGCAAUACCAGAGGAUAUCUGAGCUGAUAAGCUGCAGCCAUGUAUGACAGGGCACCUCGUGAUAUAGUUCAAACCUUUGGGAGUACGCCUCAUAAUGUUGGGCCCGGAUCUUAUGAUGCAUCUGCAGUUAGCAAAGCCAGAUUAAAAGCAGAUGGAUAUGCUCCUUUUUUGUCCAUGACUAGUCGAGAGACAUUUCUCAAUGUCACUGACCAGGUUGUGGCAGCUCCUGGGCCAGGCCAUUAUGAUCCUGCCAAGCCACAAGAUGCUGUUAAAGGUGGACGCACAUUAGCGAAUAGAUCCAAGCGGUUUAACCAACCAGAAAAAGAUACUCCAGGUCCUGGGGCAUAUCAGGUUGACAUGGGAAUAGAGUUCCGACAGUCCAAGUCUGCCCCGGAACUCCGAUCUGAAGGAAAGGGAGCUUUAAUGACGAACAGAAUCAAGUUCCAUCGUAAACCAGAGGCACCAUCUAUUCCCUAUCCUGGGCAGGCAUAUGGUUAUGAGGAGUUUGAAGAUGGGACACUGAAGAAACAGGAUGCUCCAAGCAGAGACCGCUCCCUUGGACCUGCGUUCUAUAAUCCAGCUCAUGGUGAUACAAAACCCACCUCACAGUACAAAGGGGUUCAUUUUGGUAAACUCACUUCCAAGCGUGUGGAAUUUGGCGGCAAAGGUGGGCCAGGCCCCGGAGAAUAUGAGCCAUAUAAGGAAGUCCCAAACAAACCUGAAAACACCAACAUCGCAGAGGAGGAGAGAAGUGUGCGAUAUGAAGCCAAACUUCCUCGGUAUCAUGAAGCAGUGGUUAAAGAUGAGGAGAAAAAGGGAAUACCAGGUCCAGGGAAAUAUGAGAUAAAAGGUCAGUUUGAAAUACAACAACCGAAGAUAAACACAGAUGGAAUUGAAGUGGAACACCCGCCGUUUAUGUCCCAAUCAAAGAGAUUUCAACCGCUCAAGACCAUCACUCCAGCUCCUGGGGUGUACAAUGACCCAAGAUCUGCCUUGGAUUCUCUAAAGCGUGUGACCGGACUGAAGAGGAGCCCAUUUGGUCAGACAUCUGUCCGUUUCAACACUGAAGGACCAGUGAAGAAGACACCAGGCCCCGGGGCGUACAACAUCGGUGGUAUGGGUGCUGAGAGUAUGAGGAAGGCCUAUCUGGAGAGUACGCGUCGAGGGGUGUUUGGGACCACAUCCACCAGAGUCCAGGCCAUUGCAAAGAAGGAUGAGGUGGAGAAACCUGGCCCUGCCCACUACCAAAUGAAAGAAAAACCAUUCCAGAGUCGCUACCAACAACUAUCAUCAAACUUAGCCUCUGUUACCUCACGGCUAACUGAACCUCAAGCCACAGUCAAGGACUUGCCACCUCCUGGAUCCUAUGAUGUGGUCAAGUCUUACGAACGCUCACAGUUAAAGCACGAGAAGACCCUGCCUCGGUCUGAAGCAGCAAAACGCAAGCAUGGCUCCUUCCUGUCCGCUGCCUCUCGAUUUGCACCCCCACGUGACAUUGUGUAUGGCAAGGCUGAUCCUGAGGUUCCAGGUCCAGGAGCAUAUGAUCAGAAGGUUCACAGAAACAAGAAGGGUGGUCUCAUAGUCACCAGGGACAAGAGGUUCAAGGACAUAAAGACAGAUGCACCAGGCCCGGGUGCUUAUGAGUAUUCGCCACUGAUUCAGGACACAGUUUUGAGAGGAACAUUCAAUGCCACUCUGAACAACCCAGUUGUGCCCCAAGUGGAGCCAGUGCAUCAAGGAAGUGCAGCCAAACAUGCUUUCCUCCUGGGAGUUUAACUUGUCAGUGCAACAAUCAUUGGACUAUUUAGGAGAAACCUAUCCUGAAGUUCACUGUUCCUGGUCAUUAGUUUAAAGGAAGUUUCUUUUGCAUUCUAUAUAUAAGUAGGUAAAAUGUAAGUCCAAAGGCAUUAAGGCUGUACAUUGCCUAGGAGGUAAACAAUGAAAAGCCAUAGAACUUGGACAUUUGAUUUUCAACAAAGUUCAAUCAAUUUUGUUUUAAGAGUGAAAAGGUUAGUAAUAGUGGCAUCAAUUUCAUUUUUGCAAAAUUCAAUUUCGUAUCCUUUCAUUAUGGCAUAGUCCAUUUGAAUUUUGCAAGCUUUGUUAUGAUGUCCAGUAAGCUUAUUCUAAAAGCAGUUGUUAGGGAAUUGUUUUAUCAUUUCAUUGUUUGCACUAUGCCAAUGUUUGGAAGUGCUGCUGUUCUUAACAUGCUGGUAAUUAAAGAUAUGCAAGUGAUAUUUUUUUAUGGAAAAAGGAAAGUUUUCUAUUUUAUCAUUUCAUAGUCUUUUGAUCUUAAAGAGUGGUUUUGAGCGUGAUUUGAACAUCUGAAAUGAUUUGAUAUUUUCGAAGCACAUUUCUACUGCUGUAUGUAUGUAUAUAUUAUGUCCUCCAUCCAAACACUAUCAUCCAGAAAUAUCGUGUUAGGCUUUGACGUUUAAUGCUCCAGUUGUUAACAAGACCAGUUGUUAAGAAACCAGUCUGUUGUUAGGUAUUACGUUUGUUAUACACUUCCAUUCUUUACAAGGAGUAUUAUCAUUUUAGCACAGUAUCCAGUAAUUUAUGAAUUGUACUUCACCAACAGCAUUCACCUGUCAGUAUUGUAUAUAAAAUGUCCAUAAAUGUCCAUACAUGUCCAUAUGAGUAUGGAGGGUUAAGAAAUGUGCAGUUUCUAUCAAUAAAACAACUCACAUUGACUGUGCUGUGAUAAUGUGGACAACUUGUUAUGAUAUAUUAUUGAAAGUAAGGAAAGUUAUUGUCUAUUUUAUUACACCAUUAUAUGUCUAUAUGAUGUACACACUGUUGUCAGUAAAUUCAUUUAUCAUG